CACAAAGGAAAGUUAGGGAUCCCUUCCCGGGGAGGGGGUGGCGGUGAGCUACUUUUCUUUCUUUUUUUUCCGGGAUAAUCCAGGCUCCUCCCCCUACACAACGUCACCGACCCCGAUCUCUUCCAAAGCCAGUUGAAACAGUGUGGAGACAGAUCCGCAGGGCUGCGCGCACCGCCGGACCAGCGACGCUCUUCUUUUAUCAACCGGGAUCGACAAUAGAGACGUGCAUCUGCGUUCCGAAGUUGCGUGAACUUCUCCCGCCUCCCCACCGCCACCUAGUUCCCGCCGCAGACCGGAGGGAAUUUGGGAAGUUGGACAAGUGAAGCUGCGCUGCUGAAGAGAACGAGGCGAAAGCAGGCGACCCUUGGAGGUAACUCUCCUGGUGUUGGAAACUUCCCAACGCAGCAUCGAUUGAGGACAUCCCACCCACUUUACCCCUCAUCCACAACACUAGAGAGAGAGAGAGAAAGAGAGAGAAAGACAGAAAGACGCAGCGCUGGAUGGAGCAACAAAGGCUACAUGAUUAAACUGCCGGAGCUCCUCUGAUGAAAACUCCACACUCCCUGCUCUCACCCACUGCGCUCAUCUAGAUCAGCUUCUUGGAUCUGGACGCAGCCAGGCUCUCCUCAGCGCAAACUCAAGCCAAAGGGAUCCGCCGCCCGCAGUCGUGAAAUUGAUGCUUUGGCACGGACCCGCGCACCGCCGAUCAUCCUCCUAGUUUCGACAAAGUCUCCCGCUGCUGCGCCGCGAAGGGGAAGUCGAGCUUUGGACGGAGUGGGAUUUGCAGAAGUUGCAUGCGUGGUCUUUGUCGCCUUUGAGUCCACCCCCCCUCCCCAGUCGUCCGCUCAGUCUCAGGUUAUCAGCCAAGACCCCCGGAUAGUUGAGGAGCCAUGGCGCGAUGUGUGGGGCUGUGGGCGCUCCUGCUGGCGCUGCACGUUCAAGCUGGCGAUGGACAGGUCGUUCAGAUGGACUCCGUUAAGUCCGGCUUCGUGGGUUCCCAAGUGGAGCUGCGCUGCGUUUUCGUCAACAGCAACCCGCCGGUCAAGGUCUCCCAGGUCACCUGGCAGAAGCUGCUCAACGGCACCAAGCAGAACGUGGCCAUCGUCAACCCGGUUCUGGGCGUGUCGGUUCUGUCCCCCUUCAGGGAGCGGGUGAGCUUCAAGCAAGCCACCGUGCGCCACCAAAUGUCCUCGCUGGAGGACACCACCAUCGUGUUCUCCAACCUGCAGCUGUCUGAUGAAGCAGCCUACAUCUGCGAGUACACCACGUUUCCUGCAGGGAACAGGGAGAACAUGGUCAACCUGACUGUGUAUGCUCAGCCUCAGACCCGGAUGAGUUUGACGUCCACCACGAUCGUGGCCAAGACCCCGAGGCGCAAGAUGACGGUCGCCACUUGCAUGGCGGCCAACGGGAAGCCUCCGAGCGUGAUCAAAUGGGAGACGAGGAUUAAAGGUGAUGCCACCUACCAGGAGACUCGCAACCAGAACGGGACCGUGACGGUGCGGAGCAACUACCAGGUGACACCGAGCCGCGAGACCCACAAGCAGAAGCUGACGUGCAUCGUGACGUACCGAGGCGAGAGGAUAACGGAGAGCGUGGUGCUCAACGUUCAGUAUGAACCUGAGGUGAAGAUCGAGGGUUUUGAUGGGAAUUGGUACCUGAACCGGCAGACCGUGCAGCUGACCUGCAGGGCUGAUGCAAACCCGCCCGUCACCAUCUACCAAUGGAAACUCCUUAACGGCUCUCUGCCCAGCAACGUGGAGAUCAAGAACAACACCCUGUUCUUCAAGGGCCCCGUGACCUACGACCUGGCCGGCACGUAUGUCUGUGACGCCACCAACGCCAUCGGGACUCGCACCGGUGUCGUGGACGUCAACAUCACAGACUUCCCUUCACCUGACCGUGGGAACUUUCAGAGGACCAGAUCAGACUUCCCUUCACCUGACCGUGGGAUCGUUCAGAGCACAGACUUCCCUACCAACCCACCAAAUAACCAUGGGAUCCAACAGGAGCAGCACAGUGCAGGUGUUGUCAUCGGGGGUGCUGUAGGGGGAGUAGCCCUGUUGGGCGUGGCGGCCGUACUGCUCUUCAUAUUCCUGCGCCGCCGCCAGCGCACCUUCAAGGGAGACUACAACACCAAAAAGCAUGCCUUCGGGAACGGGUACAGCAAGGCGGGCGGCCUGCCGGCCCACCCUUCCAAGCCCAAGAACCUGCCGUACCCGGAUGACUCGGACGACGAGAAGAAGCCCACCCAGAUUGGCAGCACCGGAGGGUUUGAGCCCAGCGAUCGCAAUUUUGACACCGAAUCGGAGGACCUGAAGAGGCCCUACUUUACCGUGGACGAGGGGGAGAGCCGAGAGUACGACGAGCGGACUCUGGGUUUCCAGUACGACCCGGAACCCGAAAUAGUCGACGAUAUGAUCUCUCAAACCGAUGGUUCUGUCAUUUCUAAGAAAGAGUGGUAUGUGUAGAGGCAUGCGACAACCAAGCCAAACAAUCAUUGAUCCCGCACCUUCAUUCCACCUCACCCUUCACCCCUGUUCGCCCCACCCUAAACACAGCCCCACUCCCUCCUCACUCCCUCCACAUCAGACCCCAUCCAGCUAAUUGGGAAAAAAAAAAUCAAGUGUCUAUCAAAGGUACAGGAAGCGCCGUUCCACCAAGCGAAUGGGCAAAAAAUACAAACCACAGUGUGUGAAGUGACUUGUUGUGACUGACCUAUAAGGCCAGGAAGGUGGUUGGUUAACGCUUGUGCAUUAUUCUUUUUGUGUAAUUUUCUUUACAUGUUAUCAAUGUAUUAAAUGUCUAAAAAAAAGAAGCAGGUUGAGGUUUUGCUGAGCACAUUUGUGAAAGUCCUACACUGGAUGUACGCCUCGUUUUAUUGCCAUUCUCAUUGCAGGUUUGUCAUUUUUUAUAUCCUCUUCUUUUAUAUGAUUUUUAAGUAAGUGACUUGCAGAUUGGGAGUUUAAGUGUGUGACUUAAUGACAACUGGAGUUUCAAGGUAUUUGUAGCUUUUUUGGUCUCAUGUUUCAGAGAAAAGAAAAAAAAAAGGACAAAAAAGUCAGUAGAUGUACAGAUGAAUUUCAUUUUUGCUUCACUUCUGAAUCUCUACAUCCGUACAGCAUUGACAGCCGAACAGAGCGAAUGCUGUUUUCCAAAGACAUGCCUAGUAUUUUUUUAACCCUUCUGCGUUUGUGCUUUUGGUUUCAAGCAGUCUGUCCACUGAGCCAUACGGAUGUGGCAGCAACAGACAAAAAUAUCUAGUGUUUCUUUUCUUUUCCCUCAAUGUUUGGCGACAUUUCUGUUUGCGUUAAAUCAGCGCCCUUAUCUGUGGAGCAGAGCCGUGGGAGAGAAGGGCUGGAAAAAACAUUUUCUUCUCCUCAUAAUCGAAAUGAGGUCCAAAUGACAUCCGGGGAGGUUCAUGCUGAAGCUCUGAAAUGUCACGGUUGUUGCUGGACUUGAACCGUUUUGACCUGUUGUGCUCUUACCACCGACUGUAUGAUUUAUUUCUUUUGUUUAUCGGAAUGCUGUCAUGAUUAUGUUUUUUUUUGUGGUUUUUUUUGUAUCUUGUGACCCCUUUUAAUCAAAUGGAUUCAGAUGAGAAGUUUUCCAGGAAUUUGUGACUUUGCGGCUAACGUCAACAGCAUUUUCCACCUGGAGUCAUCCAUGGACACAAAGGACCAGGGGUAAAAGGUCAACUGAUGCUUUCUUGUGCACCAAUAGAGAAAAAAGGGAAUUAAAAAUAUAACCGUGACCAUGCUGUAAUAUAUAAACAAAAAAAAAAUCACUUGCUGCUUUCUUGAUGGUUUUUGUUCCAUUUUUGGUUUUGGGUGAUUUUUGCGGUUCGAUGGACUGCAAACAUGGACUCGCCGCCUGUCUGCAGGAUUAUACUGUUUAUAAAAUGUGUGUAUAUGGUAUAUAUGUAUAAAUAUAUAUAUAUAUAUAUAUCAAAAUUGGUAUUAACAAGUGCCAGUGGAUGCUAGCAUAGCAAAUCACUUGUUCCUCCUCAUCACUGAGGUCCAUUACACAAUCAGCGAAAUAUAUUUGCUUCAAAAGAAAAGAGGGGAAAAAAACAGCUCAAUGUGAAAAAUUGAAGAUAAGAGAAGCAUUUUAGCAAAUCCAAGGAUGGAAACGACUUAUCUGGCUGAGGUUUAACAAUAUAAAUACUGUAAUAAGCCUUAUUUUAUGCAUGUUUUGUGUGUGGGAGUGGAAGUGCAUAUGUUGCUAUUUUUUUCUAUCAAUUCUGUUUCUUUUUUUUGGUUUGUUUUCUUUAUUUGCAGCUCAGAGGAGGACACUGUCGCCGUGACAGAUAUGUAAGAAUGUGGGCACAGUUAAAAUGCUGCUCCAGCUAAAAAAAAUAAUAAAAAUAACAAAUAUAGAGUUAAAUACAUACGAAAAAAUGAAAACAUCUGUGUGAGAACAGAUUUCACAGAUGCAGAUUUACAGUCAAUGCUUGUCUAUUGUAUGAUAUUAGAUGAGCAUGUAAAUCACAAGCCUCAAAUUAUAUUGUAUAUUAAACAAGAAUCAUCAACAGAAUGUGGGAAAAUAUCCUUUUUUCUGUUGGUAACCUGUCAAUUCUCACAUAUGUUUUAAAAGAUAAGUACAUUUUCAUUUUCUAAGGCCUUAUUUUUAGUUUAACUGAGUGAUGAUACACUCAAAAAAACUAAAUGACAGUAGUACCUGUGUGUCCGCUGCUGUCCUUGUGCAAUUCAAGUUGUUCACAGGCUAACCUCGUCGAAUAGCAUAUAAAGCAGUUUUAUUUCUCAUUAGUCUUUGCAUUCAGUGCCUAUCGGAAUGAAAAGGUGUGGUAUUAUUAAGAGUACUCACCUUCUCUUUCCUCAAUGAUGCUCAUGCCGGAAUAACCGAAUAAUCCUUCAUAGCAGCCAAUGAAAAUUAGGAAUGUUCAUUUCAUUUUUGGGGGCCUUUAAGGUCAGUCUCACAUUCAAGCCUGUUGUAGUUACACUUAUCCAUAUCAAAAUGAAGCCAUGCCAAACCAAUCCCUGCUUUGGAAACUUUUGAUAUAGUGGAGGAUGACAGAAGCCAUUAUAUGUCCGUCCCUGAACAACCUGAAGAAAUCUGAAAUGAGCUGGAGCCUUGUUGUGGAUGUUUUUGAUCCGGUUUCGUGAGGAGCUACUGCCCCACUUUGACGAGUUUUAGACAGGAAUAAAGCUCUGGCAGGCUCAGUCGAGGGCGUUCUCUCAGCAAUUAUGCUUGUAGGGCAAAGCUGACAUGAUUUUUUAGCCCACAUUUCCUUUGAUACCCCUUAUGACGUCUGUGCAAAACAACUCCAGUAGAAGAUAUUGCUGAGCUUUUCAUUUUUUCACAAAAAUAUGGAACAAACUGCUGCUGCCUCCUGAGAUACUCCCAAAUGGUGCAGCCAAAAAGGAAAACAAUGUAUAUAAGUUGCAGAUUUGGGUCAUAUCUGUGAAAAUGUUGCUAUAGUAGAAGCCAUGAAAAGAGUUUUGUUCGACAGAAAAGAACCGUUGGACUUCAUAAAGGAGUAUAAUGGCUCUGCAAUCCUCCACGUCCCUCCUUAUUUUCUUCAAAAACGUUGGGUCUGUUUUCAAAGUGUUCCCAGUGGUUUUUAAACUGUUAUUGUUCCGAUGUUUAGCCAAAAUCCCCCAAACCUCCGUUGUUUCCACAGAGUGGCGGUAAUUUGUUAGAAAUUCACCUUUCGAGUUAUGGGUGGACAAAUAGCUCCGCCCCCAGGAGCUUCUGGCCUGCCCAGCGUACUUCCUACAUCACAAAUACGCUCUUUUUAAAAAAGCUUUUUUUCUUCUCUGCUCCUGUUUUACAGCGGUUUGAAUAAAGAAAUACUCAGAAUGCAAUUCUGAGCAGAAUUUUCUUUAUAUACAUCCUCUUUAAUUAGAAAAAUGCCACUAGCACAUGUUAAAAACAUAAUUUUCAUUGGAAUGGGUCUUUCAACGUUUCCAAAUCAUUGGGAUUAAAAGUAAAGCAGUUGAUUGAUGAUACUUGAAUGUUGCUGGAUGUCGCACAUUGACAUUUUUUUGAAGACAUCGUCACCUGGCGACUUCAAGUUUACGAUUCCUAAAACUUUUUGAUGAACUGCAGAAUUUGCACUGUGGAUCAUUGUAGCUGUGCACACGCUGCUGCUGUGAGACUGCUUUCCUAACAACUCGUCUGUACCUGAUAUUUUAUGUUCAAAUAAGAAAUGUUGCAUCUCUUAGUUUACCCUUUAGCAGCGGAGAUGUCUCCAGCGACAGCUAAAUGACAAGCUCUGUGGCAUACCUGAGAAAACGCAGAGAAAAGCGUAUUUUCAUAUUGACUUUUCACCGAUACACAUCGUAAAGUGUGGCCUAUCGGCGCACAGACGAUAGAAUCAGUGUUGAUUUGGUAAAAAUGUCACUAUUGUAAAGGGUUGCAGAUCGGCAUACUUUUGAAUUGACUUUUCACCACUUCAGGUUUAGUCGGAAAGACGUCAAUUGCGGUAAAAGAGCAAUGGUGGUCGAAAGAAUGUGAACACUGGAGCUAAAAAUCCAACGUUAAGAGUGAAAACAUUACACAAUAUUGGGACUUUCUUUUCUGAAAAUGCCACAAAGAUGCCAAAAAUUACCUUAUCCCAACCAGAUUAGAUCACAGUUGUAAAUUACAGACUUGAAACGCAUUUCCUCUCAACUUGGUGGCACAUUGGUGACUUUUCUAAGCACACCUGGAAAAGAAUUCCCAUUUGAUGUAAAUAAAUCAAUGCAGGCUUUAAAACAUAAAAGCACAAAUUCGAGAUUUUAACUCACCAUUCUGCUCACGAAGCCAGUUUUCCGGCAGAAAACCUUCACGUUCGGUCAACUGCUCGAGAUUAACACACUGUUCUUUAUUUUCAUAAUACUGUGGGUAACUUCAUUCCAUCCUAAUCUCUUUUUUGUACUCAAUAUGUUCAACAUUCCAGUGUAAAUAUUGUACAUAAGGUGGAGAUUAUAGUCUGGAUUUAUUUAGGGAGUUCUGUGUAGGGAUCCUGUUGUGUAAAAAAAAAAAAAAAACUAUUUUGACUGCAAACAUGGAGACUUAGUGAUGGAUAGAUGACGUUGAUGCAUAGCUUUUUCCAAAGUCCUUCCUAGGAAUGCUUCUCUAGUCUCUUUGGGAACAGGCUGGGCGUGGCUUCCAACAGGCCACGCCCUCCAUCUGUGAUUUGAUGUAAUUGAAAGCAAUUCAAAAGAGAGAAUUUGUUUGUAUGCAGCCAUGUGAAUGUAUAUUUCCAAAGGGUGUUACAAAUACAACAAAAAAAGAGAUUCUCUUGUUUAAUUGUGAUGACCCAGUGAAGUAACUUGUAUUUGUUUUGAAUAUUAAAUGAGUUCAAUAGUCAGCAGUCCCAGUUCAAUGAUUGGAUAGAUGUGUGUUUCACUGAUUGACUAUGGUCCAUGUCCGCAGCACAUUGUAUUUUCUCAGCACGCAGUAACGGCUUAUGCAAAAAGUCCUUUUUCUUUCCACUUCUCUGAUCAGUAAUGUAAAAAAAACCUCCCUCCUGUGGCUUCAUGCAGAGACUCAGUCGUGCAAAAGUUUGUAUCCCGUCUUUUUCUAACCCCAUAUUUUCAUUUAUGUGUGCAAAAAACUGAAAUAAAAAACAUCAUUUGA